AUGUUUGAUUGGUCAGUUUCUAUAAUACCACCUUCAAAAUGGUCUAAGCAAGAUGCAAAAAAUAUUUAUCAGUAUUUUAAUGUAUCAUCCUGGCUAGUAAUAGCACCCGAAACUUACAUUUACUUCGAUUUUGUGCCUUGUGAUGAAAGCAGAUUAUUUGGAAACAAAGGCUUUUUGGAACAACUAAUAUUUCAUACAGAGAAAGGAUAUGACACAUUCUGUCCAAAUUAAGAUCUUCCUUUAAUGGGCGAAACAGAGUUUAUUGACAUUUAUCUUGGUCCUUGUGAUUAAGAGUAUUUAAAUAAUCGUUACCCGGGUACUAAAUGUGAAACUAAUAAAACUUUAAUAGGAAACUCUAUAAAGAACACGAAGCUAAAGUUUAUAUCGUCCAAUAAAUACUUUGAUACAGAAGAAUUUUAAUAAAAACCAGUUAAAUCAAAUGUUGAAGUUAAAAGCUUUUUUAUCAACAAGUCAAACUUAAGACUAUAGACAUUUACUCUUCAAGUAAAUAAAGCGGUCGACUACAGAUCUAAAAUCCAUGAAUCUCUUGAAAUUAACAAUUAUCAGUACAUGUAGACAAGUUUAGAUUCGUAAACUAUCAUGGAUAGAGAUGAUUAUGAAGAUUAUAUAAUUGUUAGAAUAAGAAUGAAAAAUGACUUUAAUGUAAACGAAAGACAGGUAAAUAAUCUGGUCGGAUUACUUUCUAAUACAGGAGGUUUAUUAGGUAUUCUUACAUUUAUUGUUGGAGUUAUGAUUAGUCCCCUUUAGGAAUUUUUUUUCAUUCAAAGUAUGCUAAAAAGGCGUUACUAUAUUGAUAGAAAUUCUAGUGAAUAGAAAAUAGAUGAUCAUAAUCUGUAAGAAUCAAAUGAGAGUUUAGAAUAUAAGUUAAAAAAGCAUGGUCCAGUAUCUUAUUUGCAGUUGAUUAAAAAUAUUAGAAAUAGAAUUCCAUUUUUCUACACAAAUAAGGAACUAUUCUAUGAUAGUUUAAAAAGGCUGAAAUGCUGUAGGACAAAGAAACCAGAAUAUCGAUACAACUUAUAUAAAUUUGGGGAAUAAUCAAUAAAUCAUGCAUUAGACAUAUCCCAUUUGGUGAAGUACCUCAGAGACACUAAAAUUAUGAAGAAGAUUUUGCUAAAAAAAUUCUAGAGAAAACUCAUCCCAUAUUUCUUAGAUAAUGUUAUAACGUUUUGCUACCAUAAAAAGCUUUAGAAGGAUGAACUGAGAAAUUAGAAUAAUAAAUUAUCCGAAACUGAGAUUUAAUUAAGAUUAGCAGCGAGAAUGAUUGAUUUAUUUGCCUAUUCUAAAGAUAAAGAUGAUUAACUUAACUCUGUAGUUAUAAAUAGCUUGUUCAACCCCAACUAUGAUGAAGAUAAAAAUAAGUCUCUAAAGCAAAAACUAUUUAUUGGGGUUAUCAAAAGAUAUGUUCAGAAAAAUUUUGAACUGUUAACUGAGAAUCAUUUAAAAAGCUUUGAAGAAUAAAGCUCGAGAGAAACUGAAAUAGGAAUUGACUUUAGUAAAAAGGAAUUAUUGAGUACUACUAUAGUUGGGAGAAAUAACACAUAAAAAUAGCUAUCCAAAAUUUUACCUCUACACCCUAUAAUGGAUGAGUAACUAUCAAGUAAUAGAUAUGUUACAUUCACACAAGAUAGAUCAUUGCACUCAUCUUAAUCAAUAGAUAAAACCUUCGAAAAUGAUAUGAGAGUUGAAUCAGGUUUCUUUCAUUAGAAUUUAAUCAAAUGA